UCAACAACUUGCGUCUUUUGUUGGCGAGCCGACCGGAGCAGGAUAUCCAGCGUGUGCUGGAACCAAUAACGACUCAUCUGCUGGACCUUGAGGAGAAGGCAGGCAGUCGUAAAGGAGAUAUCUCGAGCUUCAUCAAGGCUCAGAUGGAGGAGCAUCAUCCGGAUUGGUCGGUUUCAGUUCGGGAAAAGGUGGAGAAGGCAUUGACUAGGGGGGCAAAUGGGAUGUUUCUGUGGGUAUCGUUGCAGAUGUUUCAUCUCUUGACGUGCGAAACGGGCGACAUCGAAAGACAGCUGAAAAACCUGCCUGCGGACGUCAAAGGGACGUAUGAUCGGAUGAUAGAGCGACUGCGGGUCGAUGUUUCGUCUUUCCAUCGCUCUCGGCGUCUUCUUGAUUCUGUGGCUGUUCAAACGUCCCCAAUCUAUAGCUUGCGUGCAUCAACAGCGGCAGCUAUCGCAAUGGUCGACCUGGACUGGGUGGCCAACGCUGGAAUACCACAGCCACCGGAUCCGUUUGAUGCCCGCGAUGUCAUCCGUCGGCGCGGCUCAUCAUUUCUUCAGAUUUAUGGAGACUCGGAGGUUGGAUUUGUGCAUUUUACAGCCCAGGAGUAUGUGCAGGGACUUGCGGAUUUCAACGAGAACGAGGCCUUGGCCACUCUUUUCACGGCGUUCACCACCGCGGUGGUGCUGAAACUUGUUACUCCUUGGGACGGGAGGGGGGGUUGGUCUCGCUUGACAGGACGCGUGCGCGAGGUGGAUGUGCAGCGUUUGGUGUCCCGCAUUUUCGAUCCACCGGAUGCGCUGUUGCCACAAAUACAGGAUGGACUUGGAAACAUUUUUGCGGGUUCAGAGAGAGCAAUCGCAUACGAAGCCGAGACGGGGCGGUCAUCUGCCGAGUUGGCUGCGGUGUUCGACAGCC